AUGUGGGUGAAGGCUCGGAACACUUUCAGGGUAAUCGAUGAUUAUAUAAAUAGCUGUUACAAUGAACAGAGCAGUAGUACUUCACUGGAACAACUGAUAGCUGUACUAAACAAAGCCCAGCCAUUACUCGUCAAUAUACUUCGGAAUCCAAGUAAAAAUUCACUGCAUCGUUCGGUGCUGAACAAGAGUGGUGAAGUACUGGAAUUAGACAGUGGAGAAGUCGUGAAAGUGGAUGAUGGACUACGGAACGAAGCAAUAAUUAUAUCAGAUUUGUUUAAUUGUGAUGAAUUUGAUGCUCUUGAACUAGUAAUAACUGGUGAGGUACAAAUACGGCAUUUUCCGUUCUUAACGAGAGGACUUUGUGCUGUUGUUUGCUACUAUGAUUCACAUCGUUUUAUCAGUGCAGCUGUCAAAGCUCUGGCAGAAUUCAAAGUUGACGAAAAGUUACCGAAAUCACGCGAGCUUUUUGAAUAUCUUAAUCAGUUGCUUAGUGAUACUGCCUUUAUUAGACGUCUUAUUGAAGUCUUGCAAACCGUAAAUGUGCAAUCUGAAUUACAAAGUUUACAUCAUCCAAAUGUAAAUGGAUUAGGUGGCCCUAAACAUCAGGAAAUUUUGCGAGAAUUAAUUGAAGACACGUUAGAAAACUGUGCACAAACACUCCAUCUUAUAUGCUCAUCCUGGCAAUUGGAAUCAGCACCACCCUUUUUAAAGGAUUUAUUUGCACCGCUGAAAGAACUGCAGCCGAAUAUAGCUUUCAAAAAUACCCAUUUAUCACUGUGGACCGCUACUUUAAUACUGAUAUCUCCACACAAUCUUCAAAACAUGCGAUGUGCUCGAGAUUUGUUGAUGGGAUUUCACAAAGAAGUAUUUUUGGAGGACUGGCAAGAUUCUUGUCUGCAGGCUUCUCUACAGUUUGCAAUCGUGGUUUCAUACAACUGGCUUAGUGUUCAUCAGCUCGUUCAAGAAGUUCUGGGUGGCUUUUCUAUCAAAGAAGAUGAUUUGCUUGAAAAGGCAGUCGAUGGAUUAGCCUUCCAGUUCAUACGGAAAUGUGUUAUUUCAAUGCCAAAAUUUAGAAAAAGUUUCAUAGCUUUUGCUACGGUUGACACCUUGAUCAAAAAUUUUAUUGCUCAUCUCAGUAAUCAGGUCAUUCUGUUACAACAUUCCGGCGAAAUAGAAUUACAGUACGUGGAAGAAAUGUUGGAACGUGGUCAGCUUCACAGGCCUCGGCUUCAUUUUGAAAAUUUUAUUCGUUGUAUUGCUGAUUUGUAUGAUGGUGAUUCGAAAUAUUUGGAGCAGUUGUCUGCACAAUUUUGCUCUAGUGAGAGUGAAGAAUUGGUGAAGUUUUUGAGAAACUGUCGGCAACUUAUUUCACCGGUACUCCAGGUCGCUUUUCUCGAUAUGUUAAAAAACAUCUGCAAAUGUCGAGAAUCGGCAUGCUUCAUAUUUGGACUGCUUUCUCCAUGUCAUACAAAAUCCGUUCAAAGUACGUUGUCUUGGGAUCAUUUCUGGACAGCAAUGCAUGACUAUCUUGGACUUUUCAAACGAAAAAAAAGUCAAACAUCGAGUAUAAUGCAUGCAACACACCCGGGGCAACAUGAUACUUUCCAGCAGAUCCCACAAUCCGAGUUAGCCGGCCUUGUGGCAUGGGUUCAGCUUGUAGAAAUUGUUGCUAAAAAUGACCAGAUUUCUCGUCGCCAUUUCGCAGAUAACAGUUCAUGGUCAUGCAUAGAAACAGCAAUAAGUUUGGUAGCUUCUGCCAUUCCCCUCGUUUUGAAGGGAGCGCUGUUCCGUUGUUUAGCGUCACUUGCAAUGGACGAACAUGGGGCUGUGAAGAUUUGGACAACAUUGAUAUCACUCUCUGUUUUGACUAAAACAAGUUCUGGAAAACUUGUUGGUAUACAAGAUGAAUUAGAAACACGGGAAUGUACUUUCAAAUGCUACGACUCAUCUAUUGGCUUCUUACAUCUUAUGAAAACUCUGUUUCUGCAUAUUAAAAAUAUCGAUAAGAGAUAUUUAUUGCAAUAUCUUCAGUUCAUCAUCAAAUCCAUUAUUUGCCAGUUUGCGGAUCGCUCAUAUGAAAACGUAUCACAAAUGUGGCAUUUAUGCUCUGCAGCAUGCGACGCUUUGUAUAAUUUUCUUCACCAUUAUGCUAUUACAGCAGAAGCAAUUCUGGAUGCAGAUCCGCAAAUUAUUGUCCUUACACAAAUUUUAAAUGAUUCUCCUGUAUUUCGAUCGUUGAGUGCAGUAUUAUGUGAUGGAGCGGAACGUUUGCAUGAUUUCUCCCCUCGCUCAAUAGACCGCGAAGCGGCUGUCUUAUCAGUACUGCGUUUGUUGGAUGUCAGCGUGUCAUUACAUGCACCUUUAAUAGAUGCAGUUCGUGCGACUAAUUCCAGUAUAAUAAUUGCAUCAUUGGAUUCACUUUUCUUAUCAUCAGUAGAAAGUAACGGGGUAACAACGUAUAUAACAGUUAUCGCCUCAUAUUUGACACAGUCGGAGCUCAUCCCAAAACAUAUAUAUUACGUAGUGUCAAUUUUGCGGGAACUUUGCUGUUGUCAACCUUCCAUACAAAGUCGUAUUGUACAAGCGCUUUUGCCGCUUUCUUUAGAAUUAAUUGAAAGUUUUGCGCGAUUGACUUCCGUGAAAAUGGCGGCGAUUGAAGUCUCGGCUCUUGAUUCACCUGUUUAUCAUGGAAUUGACGAGUUGCCAGUGGCGAGAGUACGUGGUGAAACAGCACGCUUAUUCAUUGAAAUGUGUUCGUCUAGUAUUGAGAAUGAUCCAGGCACCACUAAUUUAGUCUAUCUUUUCUGUGGUCUCAGAAUGCCAGAUUUGGUAAAUUCCGUCAUUGAGUCCACAGGAUUCAGAGGUACCACAAUGACUUGUCUACAUAGUCUAGUUGAUUUACUAAUAGAAAUGACAACUUCUGAAGCUCCAUUUGCACUCCCAUUUGCUGCGCUUUUCGAACCAACACUUCGAUUAAUGUUGCGACUGGUAUCAAUAAACUGUAGUUGUUCAACUGUUAUCCUUAGGUUUUUCCGCUCAAACCACGACCUUAUUUAUCGCUUAACAUCUUUUCUAUUGCUUUUGGAUACAAAAACGCAUAGCGAUGAAGAGGAAGAUAUGGUGCUAAAGAAUUUAAAAAUCACUAUUCAAGGACUGGUGUUACAUUUAAGCGCAGUUGAAUUGUCUUCUCUGUUACAGAAUCGUCACUACAGUCAGCCAAAACGUUACUUUCAUCUUAUGCUAUCGCAGAGGGAUGAUGUAAUGGAAGAGCAAAAUUCAGCAGUUGAGCAAGCACUGGGACAAAGUGAUAUUGGCUACACCCCAAAUAAACAAAGGGAUGAAGAAGAGUGGCCUUUUUUAUGGAGAUUACUAAGAACUAAAGCUAAUUUUAAUGAAAUGGAGAUUCCGGUAAUGGAAUUGCUUAAUACAAAAAGACUGGAGCAGAUCUUGUCGUUAUGUUUGCGUCCCACAUCUGCAAAUGUUCAGCAAUGUGAUAUCGAGCAUUUAAACUGGUUACUUUGUAGAGAAUUUAGCAUGGUUGCUAAUGAAAUGCAGCCCAAAUUCAAUUUUGGAAUUUCACAGGAUACUAAGCAAUUGCUUCAAUACUGCACAACUUAUAACCUCAUGAAAAAUGCAGAAGCGUCACUGCGACAGCUUCUUUCUGGUUGGCUAUCGUUUGUAAAUGUUCUCGCUAUAUUUUGUCCGGUUCCAUUUCUUACCCUGGAAGUUCAGUACCAGUAUCUCUUAGAUGCAUUAUAUAUUUUACUAAACUAUGCUUCGGAUACGUACAGAGAUGCAAAACUAUCCUCAGCAGUUUCUCAGUGUCUUCUAAGAUUGACUGCUUCGAUCUGUGCACUACUAAAGAGUUUGAAAGAAGAAGUUGUUGAGUUUAGAACCACUAUUACUGAUGUUGCUGAUGUUUUGAUUCGGUUUCUGAUACAACCAGGUAAACGGUCGUUACAGACGAAGCUAGAUUUAUAUGCUUGCAUUUCGCUUAUUUUAAACUAUUCAACUGAAGCACUUGUUUCGGAGAGAGAGGAAUAUCAGGACAUUUCUCGUUCCGAUGAUGACUUUCUCUUUGGUUUAACAACAUUAAAAAUUGCACAGCAAGAUAUUUUGCGAAAUGCGCUCACAAAGUAUGGACAUGAACUAAUUUCACUGUUGUCCAAAGAUAUUUGUGAUUCACCAUCAGGACUUAGAUUCGUAGCACUAUUUUGUCUCACACAAAUACUGCGAGAAGACGCUUUGGGAUCUCAAUCUUUGGCACUUGAAUUCCUUCGUAUUGGUAUGCUACGAUACAUUCUGGAAUCAGUGGCAGAUAUUAAUUUAAGCGGAUUCGAAACUAAUGAUAUUCUUUCUUUGGAACAUUGCAAUAUUAUAUUGACUUUGUUUAUUCGGCUCGGACUUACAAGUUGUGGUUGGAAUGGUCUGCAAGAUGUUAAUGCUUUGCAAGUGUUAGCAAACAUCCCUUUGUGGUCUGAUCCACCGAAAGAUUUGUUUCUUGCAUCUAGUUUUGACUUGAAGACUCGCAGCGUUCCUGCACUGUAUAUGAAUUAUGUUACAAACAUAGUAUAUCUUUGUAUCGCAUUAUGUUCGAAUUCUCAUUGGAAAAGGAUCUCAUUCCAAGUUCUUAGACUGUUAUCAUGCAGUGCCGACGUACUGAAUCAUUUGAUAAGAACUAAUCGGCAAAAUUCGUUUCUUAAGAAAUGUGGCAUUCUUGUUGCACACAUAUAUCACUUUGAUGCUCCAACUCGGCCGUUCAUUGAGAAAUCAAGCUGCUUAAAUGCUCUAAGAAAGUUGUCCGGUAAGAUGUCAUUGUCUUCUUCAGCUCAUUUGAAGGCCGCUUUCAACACUCCACGUCAUCUUUUCAAUAACACCAGUUCGAUCAUUAAUUGA